UCCAAAGACGCGCGAGCUAAUCGGACGCUGCGGAUAAAAUAGCAUUGGCAAAGGUUUUCAGUGUCAAAAUUCGACUCGACGUCCAGGAGGAGAGAGAGAGAGAGAGAGGGGAUUUAAGUCAGUGGAACCACCACAAAGCGUUAGUCCCAUACUGUUAAUGGACACAGUGAAGAUCUGGUGAAGGACACACAUUUUAGACCAUCCUCUCCCUGGAUAUUCAAUUAUUCUAAAGCGCGCUGUACACAGAAGCCACAACGAUGGAUGUGGCUGCUGAUCAGCCCCGCUGGAUGCAUCACCAUGCCAUGCUCAACGGGCAACACCCGGACUCUCAUCACCACGGCCUGGGACACAACUACAUGGAGCCCACGACGCAGCUCCUGCCUCCGGAUGAGGUGGAUGUUUUCUUUAAUCACCUGGACACACAAGGAAACCCGUACUACCACAACUCUGCGAGGGCCAGAGUGUCCUACAGCCAAGCGCACGCUCGACUGACGGGGACUCAUCUCAUCCACAGCCCGGGGAUUUCAUGGCUGGACGGAGGGAAAGCAGCCCUGUCGGCUCACCACCACAACGCCUGGUCCGUCAGCCCCUUCAGCAAGCCCAGCCUCCACCAUCACGGCUCCGCGUCCCCCGGCGGCCUCUCUGCCGUCUACCCGUGCAGCAGCAACUCAAACACGGUCUCUGCAACCUCGUUAACGCCGCCGUCCCACUCCAGCCCGCAUCUGUACGCUUUCCCCCCGACACCACCAAAGGACGUAUCACCGGACCCGGGGGCCGCGUCUCCCUCCGCCACCAGAAUGGACGAGAAGGAAUCUAUCAAAUACCAAGUGUCGUUAUCGGAGGGGAUGAAGCUGGAGGACUCCAGUCCGCUGAGGAGCAGUCUGACCUCCAUGAGCGCUCAGACCCCCUCCACCCACCAUCCCAUACCGACAUAUCCCACCUACUCUCUCCAGGCGACCCAUGAGUACGGCGGCAGUCUGUUUCACCCGGGCAGCCUGCUGGGAGCUUCAUCCAGCUUCAGCUCCAGGAACAAAGGCAAGACACGGUCGUGCAUCGAGGGCCGCGAGUGUGUAAACUGCGGAGCCACCUCUACACCUCUGUGGAGACGUGACAGCACCGGACACUACCUGUGCAACGCCUGCGGGCUGUACCACAAGAUGAACGGCCAGAACAGACCACUCAUCAAACCCAAACGCAGGCUGUCUGCUGCCAGACGAGCAGGCACCUGUUGUGCUAACUGUCAGACGACAACCACCACACUCUGGCGGCGCAAUGCAAAUGGAGACCCAGUGUGCAAUGCCUGCGGCCUCUACUAUAAACUGCAUAACGUGAACCGGCCUCUGACCAUGAAAAAGGAGGGAAUUCAGACACGCAACAGAAAAAUGUCCAGCAAAUCCAAGAAGAGCAGGCGGGUCUGCGACAGCUACGAGGAGUUUUCCAAAAGCCUGCACGAGAAGAGCUCUCCUUUCAGCUCUCUGGCCGGACACAUGUCCAUGGGCCACUUACCGCCUUUCGGCCACGCUGGACACAUGCUUCCUACUCCCACCCCGAUCCACCCUUCCUUUGGGCACCCGCACCACUCUAACAUGGUGACGGCCAUGGGCUGAGAUGGCGAGGAGAGGGGAACCUGAGAGGGUUGUGUGAACGGGGGAUGAGGGUCUCACUAGAGGACAGUGUGUGCAAUGUUACAGACAUGCAGUUUGUGUGUCUUCAUCUUGAUUGUCUCUUGAAUGAUACAUGUUGCAGAACAGAUGUAUCAUGGGAGGAAAUGAUCUUUGUACUCCUUAUCUAUAGGUACCUAUUUAGAUGGAGGAAGACAGAGAGGGAUAUUCUGCUUCCCAUCGACUAGGCACCAACAUGUAAACACAAAAAAAAGUCAUUGCACCUCGUAGAUUCGUCCCCGCUGACAGCCUUUCGGACUGCAGUGUGGCUCAGUAUGGGCCGAACAGGUUUAUAGUAACUGUGAAUAUUGUAAAUGUGUGAGACCGAAGGGGACGUCCCCGGCAAGGGAGAUCACCUUUGCAACAAUAAAUGAAAAUAUGCUGGAUUUUUUUUGCUUAUGGACAAUUUUAAAGGAAUUUUCACAAAAGAAAGGAACCAAACAAAAAAGGUUUAUGAAUUCUAAUUUGACACUGUUUAUUAUAAUUAUUGUAAUUAUAAUUAUUAUUGUUAUUCAGAUAAUUUAUUUUCACUGCCUUUUUUCUUUUACUUUCACCUGAAACAUAAUAUGGAUACUGUUAUCCCAUUUAUGAAUAUAUAUUUUAGCUGAAGUGCUUUCUUUGAGCUGGUCAACAUUUAUACUCGUAAGAAAUAAAGAGAUCAAGUUAAUUACCGCACUGCUCCUUCUAUUCAAUAUCCAACAUUCAAUAUUUAAGUCUUCAUAAUAAGAACACAUACAGACAUUUAUUUGGUUAAUUGUGCUGUCCUCCGUGCACUAAUGGAAAGUGGUACCACACUGAACAGAUACAGUUGACUCAUGUCAUGAAAGCACUAUUAGAUGUUUAAUCAUUACGAUUAAAAGCUACAAUGUCAGUGACAGCUUUUUGGUUUUUUUUACCAUUAUAAUAACUAUCUUAGGGUUAUCUUCUGUGCGUCACUGCUCUGUAGGAUACAUUUUCAGAAAAUAUGAUUUUGUGCUUUCUUGCAAGAUGUCAAGAUUGAUUUCACUCUAAUUUUUUUAUGGUAAAUAUUAAACUACAGCCAGUAGCUAGUUAGCUUAGCAUAAAAACUUGAAACAGCAAGCCUGGCUCUGUCCAAAGGUAACAAAAUCCAACACCCACAACUAUAACUUGUGGGUGUUGGAUUUGACUAUUUUCCUUGAGUCCCAGAAGUUAAUGCGCCAGGCCAGGACAUUGUCCAACACAUAAACCUCCGUGAAACCACAAGGCAUCGUGUUUACACUUUUGUUACGGUUGAAACAGACAAGCUCUGGAGGUGAUGAUAGGCGGAUGUUGUUUUCUUUGGAAAGCCCCUUGCUAGCUGUUUCCAGUCUUUAUGUUAAGCUAAGCUAACUACCUGCUGGCUGUAGCUUAUUUACCGUACAGGCACGAGAGUGGUAUCAAUCUUUUCAUCUCAAUCUCUGCAAGAAAGUAUUAAAGGGAAGCCCCCAAAAUGUCAGACUAUUUCUUUAACAGUUUUUAGGGUAUAAGCCACUUUACAUUCAGGCGGUGCUAAUGUCACCAUGUGAGGAACAUCUUUGCAGCUGGGGAAACACUAUGUAUAUGUAAAACUUUCUAUAAGCCUCUAUAUCAUAACUUUUGAUCAACACUUGCUACCAGAUUCAGAGAAUCCGUGCUUACUAUUACCUGCUACCUGUCACAAAAAGCUGAAAAUAUGGAGGCCAUUGUAUACUGUUGAUAAUAAAGAAACCAUAUA